AUGGAAAUUGAGACCCACCCUAGAAUUCCAAAACAUGUAUUGAAACAGUUAGUCGUUGAUCUUAAAACAAUAGAUUCAUUAAUUGAAUUACACUUCAUAAAUCAUACCAUUAACCCUUCAUUGAGUGACGUUUUAAAGAAAGCGUCUUCAGAAAAUUCAAGGCAAUUGAGUGUUACAGAUAUAGAACAAAUAAAUGGAAUACUACCUAUUUAUGAACUUCACAAAAAUGAAGUGCUUGGGGAUAUAACGAUUAAUUUUACCAAAGAUUAUACGAGUAGUAGAAUUGAAAAAUUCACGAAAUCAUUAAAUGAAUGGAGUAAUUCAAAUCAAUGUUCUACAAAGCUACCGAGACUAGACUUAGGGAAACUGACCAUAUCUGAUAAUCAAAAGCAAACAAUGAAAGUGCUCAAACCAAAAUCAAAACAAAUAUCAACCAGAACCAAAUUUAAAGAUUUGAGAAAUGACAAAUCAAAAUUCAUAUACAAGGAGAAAACAGAAUCAACUCAAAGUACAAAGGGUUUAACGUUACUUGAACGAAUUAAACUAAAAGAGAAGACGGCAAAUAAAGAGAAUAGCGAAUUAGCCAAAGUACAGAAGUAUCAGUCAUACUUAAUUGGAAAAGUCAAUACGAUUUACGAUAUCAUAUAUCAAUUUUACAAACUUCAAAUUAUGCAUUCUGAUAUCAAUCUUGUAUCAGUUUCAUUAAAUCAAUUACUACUGUCAAUUAAAAAUAGUUUGAAUAUGCCAUUAACUGAGAUUGAAAUUAUGGAUGUUUUGAACAUUAUCGAGUCAAACUUGAAUAAUAAAUUCACAAGUUUGGUGAGGAAUGACAUAAAGAUUUUGAGAAUACAAAGUUUGAGUCGUGAAAAUGAUUUGAAAGUAUUUGAGGAAAUGAUAAGGCGGCGGUCAAACUUUGAUUCAAUAGAUAGUUUACAGACUUCACAUUAA